UAUACACAAUUUUCCACUUCUUGACUUCGUAAAUCCAAAAUUCCACCAGAAUGUUUUCAUUUGAAUCGUCGCGGACUUUGCCGCCACAGCCGCCCAAGUGUCCUUGUCACCUGCCAGAUAAGCGGGACUGCGGUGAGCAGCACAGAGAUCUUCAGGCGGAGUUCCGCCGGCUGGACAUCGAAGACGUCACCGACAGCGUGAUGAAGGUGAUGAGGAUAUGCGGACUCCGGCCUUGGGAGGUCGAGCGCAGUGCGGGGGUCAUCAAGAGAUCGCUCGAGCACUACGAAGAGGUGGUCCAAAGGAUCGAUCGGAUACCCAAAAAACGCUUUGCCAAGGAGAGCUUUCUGCACGGAUUGGCUCACGAGGCGCAUAUGUCGCGCAUGGAUGCCCAGAUGGCCUACUCAAUUGUGAAGCGGGCCUUUAAGGCCUUCUACUAUGGCACGGGAAUGGAGGGACGGCGCUACGUUUGUCUGCAGGACAAGAUGUCUCACGAGGCGGAGUGCCUCUGGCUGCACGCCGCCCGACGCACGGCCCAGAUUUAUGCCGUCCUGGCUGGACUCAUGUACUCCGAGGAGCAGCUGUUCGAGGAGUGGAUCGAGUGCGUCUACAAGAGUCUCUACGACGUCCUGCAGACGCGGGUUCUGUGGGCAGACAACAUGACCUGCAUGUGUGGUCAGGGGACAGCGACGAGCACGGGGACGACCACCCAGUCGCAUGGGGUCUCCAACACGGCCUCCUCGAUCACGACCCAAAUGGAGGUUCUGUACGCUAGGCAAAAUAUGGCCGCCAGUAGUGCUCCCUCCAAGACCUCCACUCGGACAGGGACUCAAAAGCCAUCGGCGGCCGUGAGCUCCGCCUCGUCCAGGCACAAUCACAGCCUGAGGAGGGCGGACCAGGCCAUGUCCAAAAAGCCGACUCCGGUGAGCGGCAGUAGCACCACCUCGGCCAGCCAGCCCAAGUGCAACUGCCCGCAUCUGCGAUGCUGCCUGGAAUAUGCACAGGCCCGGGAAUCGCCGGAGAUUACGGCCGAGUGCAGCCAGGGACCGUACAUUUGCCGAUGGCUGCCCUUCACCGAGGAGGACGACGAGUUCCCCGAGCACCGAGUGCCAUUCCCUCCGCUGGAGGUGGUGUGUCCGCCCUGUCCCAAGGACGAGCUGUCCUGCGACUCGGAGUGUACCUGCACCUGCCGAGUGUGCACCUGUCGACCGUCCUUCGAUCAGGAUGGUGCCGGCGAGGAGGAGCAGCUGGGCGAGAAGUUGUCCAGGACUGGACUGGAGGAUCAGGACACGGACUUCUGCUAUGUGGCUCCACUGCGGGGCAGCAGUGUCGAAAGGAUGGCGCGGCUGAAGGAGAGGGAAAAGCUGUUUGAGGUUGAGGAGGAACACGAGGCGGUCGAAGAGGAGGAGCACGACAUCGAGUGCGGUUGCACUUGUGAAAUCAAACAGCAUGCCUAUCCACACCUUUUCACCUACCUUACGCCCUUUGGGAUCAAGAAGGCGGUCAAGAAGGAGCCCCAGACAAAUGUGGACCAGGAGCAGAGGGAGACUGAAAGUGAGGAUCUGCUCUCAAAGCCACCGCCACAUGGCGUAUCCCUGGACACCUACCGCUGCUGGGUGAAGCCCCCUUCGAGCAGCCAUUCCAGCCAGGAGACCCAGCCACCCAUCGUCGUGGUUUUGGGGGACAAGUCAAAGAGUAAAUUUCAAAUAACGGUCAAGGAACAACAUCGUCCCAACCAGAACGCAUCCGCUCCCCCAGCACCGCCCCUUCCCAAGGCUCCUGUGUUGCCCAAUAAACCAGCUCCAACACCGGCACCAUCCAAGCCUCCAGUGGCCCCGCAAAAGGCGGAGGAAAAGGACGAAAAGCUCACCAAGGAGGACAUCUUGGACAUUAUUGGCUUGAGGUUUAGAUAGAGGAAAAUGUCUUAUGUGAAAUAAUUUUCCAAAUAUCUAAUCAUGCUGAAAAUGCUUUAAUUAAUCUGUGUAAAAUUCUUUGAUUAAACUAAUGAGAAUAUUA